AGAGCUCUGCUCAACAGUCCUUACAGUACAUACCGAUACCCAACGGAGGACAAAGGCCCAGCACGGACCAUUUCUUGCGGAAUUUUCAAAACUCCUAGGAAAACUAUAAAAGAAAAAAAAAAAAACAAAAAUGCAUGCCAGAUUUGCGGAUCCCGAACCUGCGUCUCCGGAUAGUCCGGAUGGAAUCGAAACGGAGUCCCUGGAAGCCCGAAUCGAGGCGUUUAAACAGAAUCCCCAGAACAUGGACGCUCUGCGGGAGGUGCUCGAUGAUGUAGUCCAGCGAGCUGAGACGGAGGCCAACAGGCGAGUUGUUGAGAGCCAGAAAUCGCAACAGGGCAAGGAAAAGCGACAGAGUUUCGCCAUACCAGAUUUUAAGAACGGCAAGGUGGUGAACCGUGCCCGCGGAUUCGUGGUGCGUAUCUUCGAUGCAAUCUGCAAUUGUGCCAAUAACAAUGCAGCGGCGGCCACGACGCGCUUCAAACUGAGGAGCAACAGUGGAGGAGGCGGCGGAGUUGCAGGGGCCUCUGGCAAUGGCAAGCGACAGCAGUCCCAGGAUGAGCCAGAGACCCUGAUCCUAACCAAAAAAAAACCCUCCGAAGGAAAGAAGAAGAAGGGCGUCAGCAUGGCCGAUGACGUUCAGGCUGGAGUUCGACUAAUGGACUAGGCUAGCAAUAAAGGAUGAGUGUGAUCCUAACAUAAUCAAAACUAUAACCAUCUCCGCCCCGCAAACACGGUCUGUAGCCCAUCAACCAACAUCUUGUUUCAUCCUAAGUCCUAAAGGUUUUAAGGGCCUUGCCCAGAAGCAUUUCUUUUGCUCAAAAGUCGAAGCACAACAAAAAAUUCCACUUUGUCUUCCCCUGAAGACCUAAAUUAUCAUAUAAGAUAUUAAGCCUCGAAACGUUUCCAAGUCUAGCCAGUUCAAAACCAUACAUGGUUUAUAAUUUAUAUUUAUUAUCAAUUAUAAAUUUCUAUUCAAAUUCGAUUUAUUUAAUUAGAAGCUCCCAAAAGAUGUUAUGAUAAUCAUAUUAUCAAACCAAGAACCACUGAUUAUCAGGAGGUAUUCUUAACAUUUAAAAAAAAGGCUUCUACCCGAAAAGAUGUGACCAAAAAUAUGUUUGGUUUUAGAAUUUAUAUUGUCCGUCUUUAAUUUUCAAAUGAUAUCGACUUGGAAACGUUGAUGGGCAGCUUUAGCUCUAUACUUUAUUAUUUGUAAAACCUAAAUGUGAUCCCCGAUGGAAAUUUAAGCAAAAGAACUCGAAGCACAAACCACUACGUGGUUAGAUAGGGAAAGAGAAAUGUCGUAUAUAGUAUAUAUGUCUAACUUUAUCUUCGAGGCUAUCCCACGCACAACACAAUCAAAUGUAGACGUUACAGAAUCCCAGGUGGUACCAAUGCCAAGUUGAACAACGGGCCUGUCAAUCUCCACCUAAUUAUAACUGUACGAUAUAUCAAAUUAUAUACCAACAUAUAUGUGUAUACCUAGGCGUGUGCCGCGAUUCUAUUUAGAUGGGUGUGUAGUAGUUACAAAAUAUUUUCAAACAAGCUAACAAGAGGUUCAAUAUACAAGCAUGAAUGUGUACUGAUUUUAUAUACAAUGUAACUAACUAACUAACUAUUAUAAACAUACAUGAAUGUGGACAUGUUUAGACCUUUAGUUGAUUACACUGAGCCACCUCCUAAGAGCCGCACCGGUUUCCUCCAACAUCCUCCUCAUCAAUGUCACCAGAAACCACAACAAAAAACACGCUUUAUACCGAUAUAUUUUGUGAGGCCCUUUUUGAGAGAUCUAUAAAGACACUAUUCUAUACCGAAUCCGAAACUUGAGGAGAUUAGUAUGAGAAAUGCAUAGCUAACGGGAGAAUGAGAACUUUGUACACGUAUUUGCAAGGCAACAAUUUUGUAUGAGAUUUCGCAUUUAUUUUGUAACCUCCCAAAUGCAAAGAUCUGCCUGAGUUUAAAUGUGUUGCUAUAUAAAAAAGCCAAGUGAAUAUUUAUAAAUUAUAAACUGUACAAGUAUGCGUAAUGCAAGUAUAACACUGUUGUAUU